AUGGUUCAAACAAACUGUCCUCAUCUGGAAAAAUUGAAUUUCAUUAGUAAUCAAAUUGGACUUGAUGGAUGUGAGGAAUUAGGAAAAAUUGGUGCAUUGAAACACUUAAAAAGUCUUCGUUUGGAUAAUUGUGAAAUUUCUGAUGAAGCUUGUAUGCAUUUAGGAAAUUUAUCAAAUUUAACAACUUUAGGUCUCUAUCGAAAUUCCAUUGGAGAUGAAGGAUGUAAAUUUCUAUCGAACGGAAAUUUACCAAAACUGAAACGUUUGUUCUUGUCUCACAAUAAGAUUGGCAACGAAGGUUGUAAACAUUUAGGAAUGAAUUCGAAAAAUUUACCUGAACUUGAAGAAUUGACAUUACUACACAAUACGAUUAAUGACGAAGGAUGCAAAUAUCUUUCAGAGCUUUCCAAUCUGACAAGUUUAUCCGUCGGAGAUGACUGUAGCAAUGAUUCAUGCAUGUACUUUACAAAAAAACUCCAUCGAUUGAAACGUGUGAACAUGUCGACGAGCACAAAGAUUGAUGGCUCUGGAUUCACACGACUCAUGACUCAGUUAUCACAACUUACAAGUUUGGAUCUUUCAAAGAGUAAGGUGAAUGAUGACGACAUUGCAUCCAUUCACCUUGAUUACUUCAAGAAGAUUGAAACAUUGAAAUUAAGAUAUUGCACACACAUUACCGAUCAGACAAGUCAAUACUUGAUCGAACAUGCACAAUAUUUUACCAAUUUGAAAGUACUUUAUGCCUCUGAAAUUAGUAAUGAACAAAAGAUGACACUUCGAAGCAAAUUCCCUGAUUUGUAUUUCGAUCAUUUGCCCAGACGAGUCUAUCCCUUCAUGUAUUUCAAUGUUCAUGAAUAA